AUCGUUUCAUUCUAAAUUACUAAAAUAGAGAUUUUUCUUCUUUACCUGACUAAUUAAAUGCACCUACAUUUAAUUAAAAUACUAAAAAUAAGGAGUACGUGGAAGGUUGUAGAGAGAGAGGAGGUGGCGGAGAAUGGGAGAGGCAGCGCGCGGUGGUUGCUGUCCGCCGAUGGAUCUGUUUCGGUCGGAGCCGAUGCAGCUUCUUCAACUGAUCAUUCCCGUGGAAUCAGCUCACCUCACCGUUUCAUACCUCGGCGACCUUGGUCUCCUUCAAUUCAAAGAUCUCAAUGCAGACAAGAGCCCUUUUCAAAGAGCUUAUGCUACUCAGAUAAAAAGAUGUGGAGAGAUGGCACGUAAAUUGCGCAUUUUCAAGGAACAAAUGUUGAAGGAUGGCGUUUCACCAACAAUUUCCACAACACAGCAAGACGUAAACAUUGAUGACCUUGAGGUAAAACUUACUGAACUUGAGUCAGAGUUAACCGAGAUCAAUGCAAACAAUGAAAAGUUGCAACGCUCUUACAAUGAACUAGUGGAGUAUAAGCUUGUUCUGCAGAAGGCUGGCGAAUUUUUCCACUCAGCUCAAAGUCAUGCCAUAGAGCAUCAAAGAGAAUAUGAAUCACAACAACAAAGUGGUGAAUCUAUUGAAACGCCUUUAUUACAGGACCAGGAAUUGUCCACUGAUUCAUCAAAGCAAGUUAGGUUGGGGUUUUUAGCAGGUCUUGUUCCCAGGGAGAAGUCCAUGGCAUUUGAGAGAAUUUUAUUUCGUGCUACUAGAGGCAAUGUGUUUUUGCGGCAGGUUAUUGUUGAGGAGCCUGUCACAGACCCUGUUUCUGGUGAACAGGUUGAGAAAAAUGUGUUUGUGGUCUUCUAUACUGGUGAAAAAGCCAAAGGCAAGAUUCUGAAAAUAUGUGAGGCAUUUGGUGCUAAUCGAUACCCUUUUGCUGAGGAACUUGGAAAACAAGCUCAAAUGGUUUCAGAGGUUUCAGCAAGACUUGAAGAAUUGAAGACUGCAAUAGAUGCUGGACUGCUGCACCGGGGCAACUUGCUACAGACUAUUGGGAUUCAAUUUGAGCAAUGGAAUUUUUUGGUGAGGAAGGAGAAAUCCAUUUACCAUACCCUGAACAUGCUUAGCCUUGAUGUGACCAAAAAAUGUCUUGUGGCUGAGGGUUGGAGUCCUGUUUUUGCAACAAAGAUGAUCCAGGAUGCAUUGCAGCUGGCAGCAUUUGACUCUAAUUCCCAAGUCAGUGCCAUUUUCCAAGUCUUGCAUACUAGGGAGAUGCCACCUACCUAUUUUCGUACAAAUAAAUUUACUUCUCCAUUUCAGGAAAUUAUUGAUUCAUAUGGGGUUGCUAAGUAUCAGGAGGCAAAUCCCACUUUAUAUAGCAUAAUUACCUUUCCAUUUCUUUUUGCUGUCAUGUUUGGUGAUUGGGGACAUGGCAUAUGUUUACUAUUGGGAGCACUUUAUUUCAUAAUCAGGGAGAAGAAACUUUCUGGGCAGAAACUUGGAGACAUCACAGAGAUGACUUUUGGUGGUCGUUAUGUUAUUAUGUUGAUGGCAAUCUUCUCAAUAUAUACUGGUUUGAUCUAUAAUGAGUUCUUUUCUGUUCCAUUUGAACUAUUUGGUCCCUCAGCAUAUGCAUGUCGUGACCUUUCUUGCGGGGAUGCUACUACAGUUGGUUUGGUAAAAGUGCGUCGCACUUACCCAUUUGGAGUUGACCCAGUAUGGCAUGGCACAAGAAGCGAAUUACCAUUUCUAAACUCAUUGAAAAUGAAAAUGUCAAUUCUUCUUGGGGUUGCCCAAAUGAAUCUUGGAAUUAUAAUGAGCUAUUGCAAUGCCAGAUUCUUUGGAAGUGGCGUGAAUAUAUGGUUCCAAUUUAUACCCCAGAUGAUAUUUCUCAACAGUCUAUUUGGUUACCUAUCUGCUCUCAUUAUUGUAAAGUGGUCUACUGGUUCUCAAGCUGAUUUGUACCAUAUAAUGAUUUACAUGUUCCUGAGUCCUACAGAUGAUUUGGGUGAAAAUCAACUUUUUGUUGGUCAGAAAAUUUUGCAGCAAGUGCUUUUACUUAUGGCUCUUGUGUCUGUACCCUGGAUGCUGAUCCCAAAACCUUUUAUUUUGAAGAAGCAACAUGAAGAUAGGCACCAGGGUGAAUCAUAUGCACCACUUCAAAGCGCAGAAGAGACCUUACAAGUGGAGUCAAAUCAUGAUUCCCAUGGUCACGAGGAAUUUGAAUUUAGUGAAGUCUUUGUGCAUCAACUCAUACACACCAUCGAAUUUGUACUUGGAGCUGUCUCUAAUACAGCAUCUUAUCUUCGUCUGUGGGCUCUUAGUCUUGCUCAUUCAGAGUUAUCCAGUGUAUUCUACGAGAAGGUUCUGAUUAUGGCAUGGGGAUACAACAACGUGAUUAUCCUGAUAGUGGGGUUUAUUGUCUUUGUUUUCGCUACCGUUGGAGUGUUACUUGUCAUGGAAACUCUAAGUGCCUUCUUGCAUGCUUUACGACUUCACUGGGUGGAGUAUCAAAACAAGUUCUAUGAGGGUGAUGGUUACAAGUUCUACCCUUUCUCCUUCUCAUCGCUACAUGACGAGGAUGACUGAUGCUUUAAAAUCUUUGGGGUUUCAAUGCUUUAAACCUGUGUUAUAAUUCUUUCAUUUUGGUGUGGCAAAUCCGUGGUUGCACUAUGCGGCAUUAUCUACGGUGAUUUCCUGGGGACUUUGUCAUCCAACAUUAUUCUGUAUCUUGUUUAUUUAUAUGCCAUUGAGGGAAUAAAUGUAUCCCUAUUAGGGGAGUUUCGUAUAGGCAAUGUGAACAGAGUGUAACAGUUCUGUAUAGUUAUCAUUAUUUCUCGAGUGUUUCUCUUUUUAAGCUUUAUUUUGUUAUCGUAAAUUGCAGGACAUUAAAGAUUAUUUUCCUGUAUUUAAGAAUAAAAUGUAUAUUUGCUGGGCUAUCGAAGUGAGCUUUGAGGCUUUAACUUCUAUCUCUUGGGGCAAUGUGAAUGAAUCUCUAUAUCUUUUUUUGGGGUGUC